AUGUUCUGGGUGCCAAAUACCACCGCGGCCGCCUCGGCAACAGCUGCCACCGCUGGCUACAUUCCGGCCAGGACGCCGUCCGAAAGCGGAUCUGAAAAGAUGGGGGCAAAGACCAAGACUGAAGUAAACUCAAACGACAACUGCGAGGCGAACAACAACAGAGAAGAAGACCGAAAACUAUUCGUGGGAAUGCUUUCGAAAACGCAGACUGAAGAGGAUGUCAGAAGGCUUUUCAACAAAUUUGGGCCGAUAGAAGAGUGCACUAUUCUCAGAACUCCUGAAGGCUCCUCAAAAGGGUGCGCUUUCAUCAAACUCGGCAAUGUCCAGCAAGCUCAAAACGCAAUCGCUCAGAUGCACGGUUCCACAACAAUGCCGGGUGCGAGCUCAUCGAUAGUCGUCAAGUUGGCUGAUAACGAGAAGGAACGUGCGCUGCGAAAGAUGCAGCAAAUGGCGGCGAACGGCAUGGUGUCACCGAUUCUGAACUAUGCUUAUCCACAGUCGAUCGGUGGAUUCGCUAACAACAUGUGGGCAGGAGGCAUUGUCGCGCCGAUGGGAAUGCAAAUGGUCAACCAGAUGGUCCACGGCGUCGUUCCCACUAUGAUGCCCCAGAUGCCCUCUGCUCCUCAGUCUCCCAUCGCCAUUUCUACCGCCGGUAGCACUUCGGCCGAGUCUGCCCAAGCUCAAGCGCACGCACAAGUUCAAGUGCAGGCUGCUGCCAUCGCUCAGCCUCAGCCAGCUGCUGCGUAUUCCCUUCAGACCGCUUACGAUAGCACCUUGGCCCAGUAUCAAGCUCAAACCGCGGACUUAUCUUCUCUCGCGGCGACGGCGGCAUAUGGCGGUUACCAAUUCGUGAUGGUCCCCAAUCCCGCGGGUGGUUAUACUCAAGUCCCGCUGUCGUGCGGCACGCAGAGCAUGGCUGCUCUCAAUCAGAAUCCCUGUGCUCCUCAACGUGAAGGCCCGGACGGGUGCAAUCUGUUCAUUUAUCACCUCCCCCAAGAGUUCACAGACGCCGAUUUGGCCAACAUCUUCGCGCCCUUUGGAAACGUCAUCUCGGCCAAGGUCUUCAUCGAUCGAGCGACGAAUCAAAGCAAAUGCUUCGGCUUCGUCUCCUACGACAACGUCUCCGCUGCCCAAAACGCAAUCAACGCAAUGAACGGAUUCCAAAUCGGCAUGAAGCGCCUCAAAGUUCAGCUCAAGCGACCCAAGGCCGGCGAAAAACACUUUUAG